ACACCGAUCACCGGCAGGCCCGGAAGAGAGUGUCCACCGCUCCUGCGCGCAGGGAAGGCGGGUGGCAUAGCCAUGCUCUGCAGACUGGCCCGCGCCGCCGUCCCGGGGUUCAGGGUGCCCUGGGCGCGGUGGUCUAGGAACUGGGCGGGGGUCCCAACCCAGGUAGUAGACCUGCGCAGCGACACGGUGACCCGGCCAGGGCCGGCCAUGAGGCGUGCCAUGGCCGAGGCGGUCGUGGGAGACGACGAUUACGGAGAAGACCCCACGGUCCACGAACUGCAGGAAAAGGCUGCAAAGCUGCUUGGGGUGGAGCGGACCCUGUUUGUGCCCACCAACACCAUGGCCAACCUCAUCUCUGUGAUGGGUCACUGCCGGCGCCGGGGUUCCCAGGUCCUCCUUGGGCAGGAAUGUCACCUCCACGUCUAUGAGCAGGGCGGGGUGGCUCAGAUUGCUGGGGUGCACUCCCAGCCCCUCCCAGACAUGCCCCAUGGCACCUUGGACCUGAAUGAGCUGGAGAGGGCACUGACUCGGGGCUCCGGGAGCUCCUACCAUCCAGUCUGCGAACUUGUGUGCCUGGAGAAUACACACAACAGCGCAGGGGGCCGGGUGCUCCCUGUUGACUACCUCCGCCAGGUGCGCCUCCUGGCCCACACCCAUGGAGCUCGCGUCCAUCUGGAUGGGGCACGGCUGAUGAACGCAGCUGUGGCUCUGCGCGUGCCUCCUGCCCGCCUGGUGGAACACUGUGACUCUGUGUCCUUCUGCUUCUCUAAGGGCCUCGGUGCUCCAGUGGGGGCUGUGCUUGGGGGAUCCAAGGGCUUCAUUGAGGAAGGCUGGCGCCUCCGCAAAGCCCUGGGUGGAGGUAUGCGCCAGGCUGGAGUACUGGCUGCCGCUGCCCUGGUAGGACUGGCUGAGGCUGAGGAGGUGCUGCCAAGAGACCACGAGAACGCCAUGAGAUUUGCCAAAGGACUCCAGGACCUGGCAUCACCCCUUUGCUCUGUGGACCCUGCGACUGUGGAGACCAACAUAGUGCUGGUGCAGGUGGCUGGUCUGCCUCCGGCAGAGCUGUGCCAGCGUCUGCAGGCUGUGAGUGCCGAGGAGGUGGCUCAGACGGGCUGUGCCGUGAGCGUGUUGCUGUUUCCCUGGACAGAGCGCGCUGUGCGGGUUGUGUGGCACCGAGAUGUGUCUGCUCAGGACACGGGACUGGUACUGAGGAAGUGGGGCUUUGUGCUGAGGCAGCUGAGGCCCUGAGGCCCCGGCCAGGACUGAAGUGGGGGAUAAGGUGGCCCCAGCCAUUAGCCUCGCGAAGGCCCGGCCCGUCCUUGUCCUUGUGGGGGAUGACGGCACCACUCAGCCUUUGCUUCCCACCAAUGGCUCUCACGUGAUGGCCUCAUUCAGUCAGGAGUAACCGGGCACAGCCCAGGAUAAAAUGUCAAGGGAAGGGAAUGGAUAGAGGAAACAGAUUCUGGGCCUGGGACAUGUAGUAUGGGCUGCCUGGUGUGCAUAAGCCCUGGGUUCAGUCCCCAGCACUGUAUGACAGGUGUGUUGACUCACAGCCGUAAUCCUAGCGUGCUGGGGGAGGGGAGGGAGUGUUAGAAGUUCAAGGUCACUCCAGCUACAGUGUGACCCGAUCCUGGGCCACAUGAGACCCUACCUCCAAACACACAGACCCUUAUGUGUCCAGUAUAGCUAUUAGAGAUGGACUGUAAAAUAAAGCUUGGA